AUGGCACCUAAUCCAAGUCUCAGUUGGGAAAAGCUUCAAAAUGUGUUUUAUCGCUCAAGAAAACUUCACAAUUUACAAUGGUCUUCAAAAAAAGAUCUUCGAUAUGCCAUCUCAAGAACUUUUAUAGCAAUUGAAACUGAUAAAUCGAUUCAAAUAUUCAAUUAUUUGGGGCAGUUAUUGACAGAGAUAGAUAUUAAAGUAUUUGAUGUUAUUACUGAAUUUCAUUUUGAUGAAUUAGAUCAAAGAACCUUAAUUGUGGUAGGAUUACAAACUUGCAAACUUGUCAAAACUUGGGCCCCAUUAGAGAUUAAAACAAUUAAUUUACCAUCUAAGACCAAUGAUACAUUAUGGGAUGUUAAAGGGAAUGUAUAUGUUACAAAAGUUAGUAAGGAUGUGCUCUACUUAGAUUUAGAAAGAGAGAAAUUCAAAUUUAUACUGAAAAAUGAGGCAAGAUUUAAUAUAUUAACUAAAAAACAUUGGCAUUGUAAUGAAAAUAUGGUUAUAAUACUUGAUACAGAAUCUGUUUAUCAGCUAGAUAUUUUGUCACGUCGACUUACAAAGUUUCAAGAAAAUAAUGAAUGGCAUAAAGUUGCUCUGUCUAAGGAUGGGUUCAUAUGUCUUUAUAAUGCCAAAUACAAUAAACUGGAUAUAUUUAGGGAUUCAGGGAAGCUCCUUUUACAACACACGCUUGAUUUAGCCCCAGAUGAUAUAAGAUGGUGUGGUGAUGAUUCCAUUGCGUGUACUUUUAAUGAUACUGUGAAACUCUAUGGACCAGAAGGUGAAUAUGUUUCAUUUUGGUACUCAUCAAAUAUAUUUUGCAUAAAGACGGAAAUUGAUGGUUUGAAAGUAUUUACGGACACAGAGAUAUAUUUAAUUACAAAAGUUCCAAGAUAUACUGCAGACAUUUAUUGUAUGGGUUCUACAGAAGCAGGUUCAAUGUUAUUAGAUGCUUGGUAUGUUCUUUCUACCCAUACAGCAAGAGCAAUCGAUUAUUUGAAAGAUUUCGAUUUGGCUAAAGGUGUAAAUGACUGUAUUAUGGCUGCUCAGGAGGAGAUGGAUACAAAAGUACAAAAGGAACUUUUAAAUGCGGCUUCCUUUGGUAAAUCGAUGCUGUCAUAUAAUGAAUUUGAUUCUAAUAUAUUUGUGAAAGCUUGUGAUAAUAUCAAAUUGUUAAAUAUUUUCCGAGAUCUGGGUUUUUUCUUUACAUACUUCGAAUAUAAGGCAAUGGGAUUUGAGGCAAUUAUCGAAAUGAUGUUACUAUCUCAUAAAUUUUAUGAGAGUCUAAAAAUCUGUACAGAGUUUAAAAAUUUUGAAUUGAUGAUCAAAGUGGUGCAAAAUUGGUCUGAAACAAAAAUAAAACUAUCACAGGAUAUUGAUGAUGAUGAUCUAUUUGGUAUCAUUAAUAAAAGGUUAACUAAUAUGGACGUCCAGGAUCAAGUCUCUGCAGCACAACUUUCCCAAGUAUCGUUCAAUGAAGGACGGUUUAUCUUGGCAAGACGAUUUGCCAUGAUUGAAAAAUCUGCAGAAAUGAAGGUGUUGUCCUUGAUUAAGUUGGAUGACCAUUUGUUAGCAACACAAGAAAGCUUAAAAUCGUAUUGUCCUGAAUUUAUUGUUUCUGUAUUACUCUUAUUAAAGAAUACCGUGACAAACUUGCAAUUUAUGAAGAUUCUCGUAAUGAUUUUACCCAAAAAUUCAGCAUACACAUAUUUCGAACGAAAUAAUUAUGAAUUUUUGUUUGAUAUUUAUAGACAAACGGACAAAUAUAAUGAAUUGGCACAUGCUAUCUUUUCACAUAAUAGAAAAGAUGUUACUCCCUUUUUACCUCAAAUUAAAGAUUUAUAUUCGAGUGUCAUCGAUGAUACGUUGUUAAAACAAGAUACCGAAUAUCUGAAAAGAAAUGAAAAAUUGGUAGAGUUCCAAGAGGAACUUACACAUACUUUAGGCUUUGAAUUUCCAGGACUUACGGUGGUUCAAACACUUGAAAAAUUGGUUUCCAUGAAGCAGGACAAAAAAAUUAAAGCAUUUGUUAAGAUGUUUAAAAUUAGCGAUAAAAAAUACUAUCAUAUAAUGUGUCGAACUCUAAUUAAAGAGAAACGAUUCGAUAACCUUUACGAAUUUGCAACCCACAAAAAAUCACCUAUCGGGUACCAACCUUUUUUCAAAUAUUUGACUAAAGCAGGGAAACAUAAAGAAUCAGCAAGAUAUAUUCCAAUGAUAUCUGAGAUGCCAUACAAGGAAAAGAUUAAAACUUUAUAUGAAAUUAAGGGUUACUUUGAACUAGCUCAAAUGUUCACAAAGGAGAAGAAUAUACUCGCUCUAAAAGAACUAUACCAACAAGUUCCUGUUAAUGAGGCACAAUUGAGGUCCUUCAUUACUGAAACGAUCUCUAAGAUAUGA